AUGAACGAGAUGGAGCGUGAGGUGGUUCAAUUUUUGCGGGAUGAGACGAAGGACUUGAUGACGGAUUACUAUAACACUGACUUCAAUCUACUGCGUUGGGCUCAAGGCUACGGAUUUGACAAAGAGGAAGCGUUGGCGGAAUUGAGACGACAUUUGAGAUUCCGACACUACUACGAUUUGGAUAACAUCGUGCAUAAUGUUCCGGAUCACAAGAUUCUCAAAAAGUACUUUCCGAUUGGGCUCGUUGGAGAGGCUGGAAAAGACAACCAGCUGCUAGUAAUUGAAUGCGCUGGAAGAAUUGAUUUGAUGGGAAUUCUCAAAUCGGUCCAUUUGUCGGAUUUUCUCAUUCAAAGAUUCAAAUUCCAAGAGAAAAUGCUCGCCGCGAUGAAUGAGAUGGAGAAGCGAAAUGGGCAACAAUGCUCGGUGGUGUAUAUACUGGAUUUGGAUGGAUUGAAAUUUGAUCCGGCGCUUAUCAACAUCGUCACGGGACCUUAUCGGAUUCUCUGGGCUUCGGUGUACACCGCAUAUCCGGAAUGGAUCAGUCAGCUCGUUCUCAUCAAUGCCCCAUCGUUCAUGACGCUUUUGUGGAAGGCUAUCGGACCAUUGUUGCCGGAGAGGACGCGGAAUAAGGUGAAGAUCUGCACCGGCAACAGCGAUUGGAAGGCGCAGAUUCAGAAGUACGCGCACGCUGAUUGCAUUCCGAAACACUGGGGCGGAAAUCUGGUGGACACGAAUGGCGACGCGAUGUGUCGCGAGAUCCUCAACAUCCCAUUCGACUCGAUUCCGCAAGAGAUGUACUGGACGCCGAAUGAUGAGACGCCGGCGAUUCACGAGAUCACCUGCACCAAUAUUGGCGCCGGAAAAUCGGCGAUUUUCACGUACAUCGUGGAAAAGACCAACGAACCGAUCUACAUUGUAGUCAAUCGAUUCUGCGAUCGGACGUUCGGCAUGGGAAUCUGGCAUCACGAGGACGAUUCGAUGAUCGACGCGGAUCUUGACGAGAUGACGGAAUUCGCUCCCGAUUUCGACUAUCCCGGAAUGCCGACUGUCGACUACCUUCGUCUCAAAGUUCCAGGCCCAGGUGUCUACAAGAUCAAAUGGGGAAAUGAAGAGGCUUGGAUUCGAUCGCUAACAAUUUAUCAUCGAAUUCGAUUCCAAAACGAGAAUAAGGUGAAUGUCAAGUUCCGAGAACUCGCUCCAUAA